AUGCAAAAUGUCAGACAGAUUCUGGGCUUUGCAGUAGUAGUUUGGGCUGGUGUAUCUUCUGCGCUGCCAGUUUUACCGCAAACAUUUCCUCGGUCUUCCACUCUCGAAGCUAGACAGAAUCCACAGACCGGACUACCGGACGGUCUGACAGAUGUUGAUAUCCUAGAAUUUGCCCUAACUCUCGAAAAUCUCGAGACGGCAUUCUAUGAACAAGGAUUCGCAAAGUUUCCGGACUCCGAUUUUGCAGCGUUGGGCCUCAAAGAAGAUGAUAUCCUAAAUCUCAAGUCGAUUGCUAAAACUGAAGCAACACACGUUUCUACUCUAUUGUCAGCUGUUGCAGCGACAGGAGCUGCGCCAGUACUACCAUGCGUAUAUGACUUUAAGUUUACUAAUGCUGCCGCGAUGAUAGCUACGGCUGGGGUUCUGGAGAACGUAGGCGUCUCGGCCUAUCUUGCUGCAGCCCCGCUUGUGAAAAAGCCCGCUAUUCUCACUGUUGCCGCUGAGAUUCUAACCGUCGAGGCUCGCCAUCAGACAUUCAUUCGUACAGCCUCAAAAGCAGCUGCUAUACCUGGCGCCUUUGAUACACCUCUAGGAAUACGUGCAGUCUUUACAAUUGCGGCAAACUUUAUCAAGUCAUGUCCAGCGGGCUCAAACCUAGCUAUUACACCCUUUCCAGCCCUGACAACCAUCGCCUCUCAGGGAAUGGCGAAGGCCUUUGCUGGAUCAGAAGUCAAGGUAGAAGCUCCAGCUGCCACAGCUGCAAGUGCGACUAGCUGUGCCUUUGUAAACGGUGGACAAACUGGCGGUAGUGCCUUCACACCCUUCCAAAACGGAGGAUGUGUUGUUCCCAUGGGAUUAACCGGCAUUACUUAUGUUCACCUGACAAGUUCGACGCCCCCAGACGGUAUUUUGACAGACUCUAUAACAGUGGCAGGUCCAUUAGUGAUGACGAUCAACUAA